CAGAACGCUCGUUGUCGGAGAUUUCUGCGAUUCGCGAUCUCGUCUAACCCUCGCCAUUGCAGUUUGUUUUGUUCCGAUUGCUGUCGAAGGUUACUGUGCGGUUCGAUAAGGCAAUGCAAAAUGAUGUCCAAUGACUUCAAUCGAUCGCUAACCGCAUUGUGCAUAGUUUUGUGCCUAUUCGUGAAUUAUAGCAACGGUUUGCAAGAGGGUGAGCAGUGUGACCACCAGGGUGAGCCAGGAGUCUGUACGCCAUAUUCGAGAUGCAAACCUAAGAACCGAAUUACGGUGUGCAGCUACUCCAUCCAAGAAGCAAUCAUAUGUUGUCCACAGUCGCAGUUCGCUCCCAUCGACAGGUUUGCGAAGCCUACGACUGACGGUUGGAAUAUGCGAUCCGAUGCAGAACGAGUUAGCGUUCGGAAAUGCAACGAGUACAAACAGCUCACCACCAAGAGUGUGGCGAUUAGUGCGCUCACGCUGAACCCGACACUGGUGAAGAUCGAGGUUUCGAAGUGCGACAUGGUCGUGAAGCUGAUCGUCGGCGGAAACGUAACGAAGCCGGGAGAGUUUCCGCACAUGGCCGCCAUCGGGUGGCGGCGUCCGAACGGUGGCUAUUCAUUUGACUGCGGCGGUUCCCUGAUCAGCGAGUACUACGUCCUUACGGCAGCCCACUGCUAUCUGGAAGAUGACGAAGGCUCUCUACCGUCGAUCGUACGUUUGGGCGAUCAAAACCUGCUCCGCUCGGAUGACGGGGCCGAGCCAGUCGACUACGAGAUCCUUCGCUUCAUCCUGCAUCCGGAGUUCAAGUGGCGCCAGGGAAAGUACAACGAUCUUGCUUUGGUGCAGCUCCGCAAUCGUGUCACCUUUACCGACUUCAUCCGUCCAGCCUGCCUCUACGACUCCAAUCAGCUGGCCACAAACACGGCCAUCGCGACGGGAUUCGGGUUAACGGAGGAUUUUGGGUUAAAGUCAAACGAGCUGCGCAAGGUGUCGCUGUACAUCUACGGGAACGACGUGUGUGAUGCGAGCUACCGCGCAAACCGACACGUCAGGUUCGGCGUCCAGGACACGCAGAUCUGCGUAGGAGAUCAGGCCGGUGGCAAGGAUACGUGCCAGGGUGACUCGGGUGGCCCGUUACAGAUUACGCGCGGUGAAAACCAGUGCAUGUUCCACAUCAUCGGCGUAACGUCGUUUGGGCAGGCAUGUGGCAGUGCAACGCCGGCAAUCUACACCAAAGUUAGCGCGUACCUUGAUUGGAUUGAAUCGGAGUGGUUUAAAUGCUAUGGAGAUUCCUGUGCGUACGGCAGUGAAGCCGGCAUAUGCCGUGGAUACAGCACUUGUCGCCCGAUACUCGAACAAACCCGUGUGGUGAAGAUUUGCGGCUACACGCCUAAAGAAGCGAUCGUCUGCUGCCCCACGGACUACCAGCAACGUCUGCAGCAGCUCAAUACCGUCAACAAUAAUCUACGGCGCAGCGAACAGAAGUGCCGUGAGUACAACCGUUUGGGUGGCUUCAACCUCCUGCUCGGCACGCUGGCCGUGGGAUCACCGGUGGUGCAGCAUCGGGAACGGCAGCGUUGCCCGUCGGACACUAAUCUUAUCGUCGGUGGCACCGAAGCACGCUACGGUGAAUUCCCGCACAUGGUACGCAUCGCAAUUUCGAACGACGAGGGACAGCUGACGUUCCAGUGCGGUGGAACACUCAUCAGCGAACAGUGGGUCAUGACGGCGGCCCACUGCCUCGAGUCACGAAACAUUGUGGUGCGCGUUGGCGAGGUGAAGCAAAACCAUCCGGACUAUCCCGACCCGAUCGACAUACGCGUGGAGGAGUACAAACGGCACCCGAAGUAUAAAUCGCGAACCGCAUAUCACGAUAUUGCUCUGCUGAAGUUAGCCCAAAAGGUAACCUUCACACGUGCCAUCCGACCCGCUUGUCUCUACUCCUCGUCGGAAAUUGAUCGUGUGAAAGCGGUAGCCAUAGGAUUUGGAGCCACGGCACAGGGUGGUGUGUCGACGAAGGACCUGAUGAAAGUGACUCUAGAUCUCUUUUCAACUCCCGCCUGCGGUAGCUACUUCCUCAAUCACCGCCGAAUCCCGCAGGGACUGAUAGACCAACAAAUGUGCGCCGGAGUUCUGGCCGGUGGCAAGGACACCUGCCAGGGAGACUCCGGUGGUCCACUGCAGAUCUUUGCGAACGAUGCAACCUGCACCGCUUACAUCAUUGGGUUGACUUCGUUCGGCAGCUGGUGCGGAGGCCAAUCGCCAGGCGUUUACACGCGCAUCUCGGCGUACCUCGAUUGGAUAGAGGAGAUUGUGUGGCCGGAGUAAUAGUUGCUAUUGUGAUCCAAAACGUUUGCGACACUAUAGAUCGUUUCGAAGUGACACAAAGUGCGUUUGCUGACGAAUGUUCUAAGUCGAAGAAAGUACAGACGAACGGGCGAAAAGACGCGGCCAGUUAACCGCACGCAUCCAUUUUAAAAAUACAGAGCAAUUUCAAAAGUAUGCACUCAGUAUCAGAAGCAUUAAAUGUGGGUAAAAGCUAAGGAACCGGUGGUCUGCGGCGGUACUACUGUAGGUCCUCACUAAGCCACAAUCGAUUGCU